CAUGUCUACACGUUGAUUCGCCGAUAGGUUAUGUCUCCAUCUUGUACUUUUUAUCAACAUCAAGUUUCAUGUUGAGCUUUUUUCAGUGAUAUUUUCAAUUUUACGUCUUUUAUCUCAGUAAUAAUUUAAACAGUUACAAUGGCAGAAGCAAUGAGACAGGAGAUAGCGUCUAUGCUGAAGGGUAUUCAAAGGUACAACCCAGAUAAUCUUCAGAGCGUAGAACGUUACGUAACAUUCCAAGCUAAAGAGAAUGCAUAUGAUUUGGAAGCAAACCUAGCAGUUCUCAAGUUUUAUCAGUUUAAUCAGAGUUAUGACAUUGAUAUGACCUGCACCAUUUUAUUGAAAGCAUUGACGAACCUGCCUCACACAGAUUUUGUUCUUUGCAAAUGUUUAUUGAACGAAGGAAUAGUGCAAGAAUCUAAUGUCAGCCGAAUUAUUCAUUUGGCAAACCUGUUGGAAAGCUGCGAUUUCAAACAGUUUUGGGCAAGAUUAAGAGAAAUCCCUGAACUGCAUCGACAUGUUGUCGGAUUCCAAGAUUCAAUUCGUAAAUUUGUCUGCCACGUAAUUGGAAUAACUUUCCAAACUAUUAACAAGAAUCUUCUAGCUCAGCUCCUCGGAGAUGUUGAUUCUCACACUCUAAACCAGUGGAUUCAGAAAUACAACUGGAGUCUACGAUCUGAUGGAUAUGUUUAUGUAGCAAAUCAAGAGGCAUGCAUCAAAACCAAAAAUAUCACUGAAAAUAUUGCUUUUGACUCCGUUAUGAAUAUAAUGAAGUACUGUCGACAGGGAUGAAAUUUUUAGUUAUAAGGUUUUUUUUUAUUUUUUCAUUAAUACUUUGUCAAUGUCAAAAUAAAAAACAUGAAAAAACUCUAA